AUGGCCGAAGAUCAUAACCGAAGACCACUUAAGGAAUUUGCCCAACCUUCUGAUGAAGAACCUAGCUCUAGUAUAGAAAACCCGGCUAUUCCUACUAAUAAUUUCAAAUUAAAACCCUCAUUAUUACAACUAGUACAACAAAAUCAAUACACGGGCCUCACUAAAGAGAACCCGAAUCAACAUUUAAAAGUUUUUAUCCAACUAGCUGAUACAUUCAAGACCAAUGGUGCUUCACCUGAGGCAAUUCGUCUAAGGCUAUUCCCUUUUUCCCUCAGAGAUAGAGCACAGUCUUGGCUGGAUGAUCCCAAACCUUUAGAAUGCAACUCCAUUGCUGAGAACAAACUUGCUAAAAAGGAGAAAGAUCCUGGGAAAUUUUCCAAACGUUCUAUUUUAUGGAAUCAUGUUAUAGACAAAGCAUUCCUAGACUUGGGAGCAAGCGUAAGCCUGAUGCCUUUAGCAGUUUGUAGAAGGCUAAACCUAGGAGAAUUACAACCAACUAAGAUGUCUCUUCAAUUAGCCGAUAGAUGUGUGAAAUAUCCAGUACGCAUAUUAGAAGACAUUCCAGUUAGAAUCAGACAACUUUAUAUCCCAACAGAUUUUGUGGUAAUGGACAUUAAAAAAGACGACGAAAUCCCGAUCCUCCUUGGUAGACCCUUCUUAUCAACUGCGGGAGCCAUAAUAGAUGUUAAAAGAGGAAAACUAACUUUUGAAGUGGGUGAUGAAAAGAUAUAA